UUCUUAAUUUAGAAAAAUGGGUUGAGAGUUCCUCGAAACAUUCCCUUCCGACGCCAAAAACUGUCCCUAGGACAACGUCACACUGAAGUCACUACGGGGAGCGCACAAGCUACACCAGAAGGGAUCUGGGAAGCCGACGGAACAAUAUACGCCGUACCCGUUCUAAGCCGAACGGCUUUAGGCCGCACUCCUAUCGCGACGAAUUAACGAGUUGCCAAAGUGCAGUGGGCAGGGUGGAAGCUGGUUAGAGUAACGCAUAAGAGGCGGAAGCGCGUUGCCGCGCCUUGUGCCGUUCGGUUGCCAGGGUUUCGGGGGGGGGUGGUGGUGGCCUGAGCUCCCGGUCUCGCGCUCCAAGAAGUAACGCCCCGAUCAUCACCAUGGCUUCGGCUGGGGCGGGGUUGACCGAGCGCGAGCGGGACGGCUGCCGGGAGCUGUUGGAACUGCUCCAUACCGACGACCUGCUGGCGCUGACGGACACGGUGACCAACCGCCUUGUGCACCCAGACAAUCGCCAAGAAGCCAUACAUGCCAUCUUACUAUACAGUCAAAGUGCUGAAGAGCUGUUGAAGAGAAAGAAGGUAUUUCGAGAGAUAAUCUUCAAGUAUUUGGCAGCCAAAGGAGUUAUAGUACCACCUUCUUCUGAAAAGCACCAACUUGUUGAUCGUGCAAAGCAGUACUGGUGUGAACAGCUGAAAGAUUAUGCCCCAGAGCAAAAAUUUGCUAAGCCUGAUGUACAGAAAUCUGAAGAGGGAGGGAAGCAAGGAGGAGACAAACAAGAUGAUGACAAAGGGUGUCACAGUCUGGGAGAGGAAUUUUGUCAGUGGUUCUUUGGAAUUCUGAACUCUCAGAACCCAUUAGUUGGAGAACCACAUGAAGAAUGGGGGCCACAACAUUUUUGGGAUGAUGUAAUCUUAAAGUUUUGCUACAACACUUCAGAACAAAACAUAGAAGAGUACUUUGGUGCAGAAUUGGAUCUUGAAGCAGAGAAAAAACUACAAGAUUUCCCCCACUGGCAGAGAGGAAGACAACCUGUCAGCAUUGGGUCAGCUGCCAGAGAUGUGACUACAAGGAGAGGUUGUGAAGCUGACUUACUCUCGCUUUACUCAGCAACACUAGAGGGGAAGGAGAAAACUGCUGCCUUCACACUCGGACCUUCGCAGAGAGAGAGAGAGAGAGAGAUACUGGCCCAAUGUCUCAGUAGGAUUUGAACCCAAGACAUCUAUCUAAUAUUUUAUAUUGUGCUAUUACCAGUCAGUGUGGGACCAUCUCAUCUUACAGUGCUGCCUUUCUGGAAAACUGGCUGCAAAGUAAGCCAGUCUUACAAACCACCUUGUUGUGCCAUCACCUCUAUGGAUUGAUGGUGUGAGGGAGUUUGUUUCCUUCCUUGGGAUUCCAAAAGCUGGUGCAGAAGGACUAACACCUGCAUUUCCUCAAUGGGUGGUAAUGUAUGGAUCCCAAGGACAAGAGGGGAGCCUUAAGCUAAUAUCCGAUAUGUCAGGUGUGGAGAGCCUUUGGCUCUCCAGAUGUUGCAGAAUUGCAGCUCUCAUCAUGCCUCACCAUUGGUCAUGCUUGCUGGGACUGAUGGGAGUUGUAGUUCAGCAAGCACUGAAGGGCCAAAGGUUCUCCACACCUCCAAAUAUAUAAUUUCAAGCAAUCAAAAUGUUCCAGUGCACUCUAGGUAAAGUCAUGGGCUUGCUUUGGUGUGGAGUUAUUAUCUACCCGUAUAUUGCCAAGUCUUGUUAAAUUUAGUGUGCUGAAAUGAAUGGGAGGAAAACUAACUAAAGGGGGGGCGGAAAGAGAUGUGAUGUGUAGAAAAGCAUAAAGCUUCUCUUUGGAAGCCAAAAACUGCUGGUGUUGCCUCAGCUCAUCAAUAAGGCAAAGGCUGAAUAUUUCCUCUGGCCCAAUUACCUCUAUCAAAUGGAACAGUUGGAGACAAUCCACUUGGCAUUGGUAAAAAUGUGAACUCAUCCUUGCUUUUUUCCAAAAUCUGCUCCUCUCCCAAGCUGGUCAAUAAUGUCAAGUUGUGAUAUAAAACAAAGUUUAAAAAAAGCCUGCCUUGUUGCUGGGGUCAUGCAGGGAAAUGUUAUCCUUGACAGCUGUCGGAGAGAGGGCUGGCUGGCUGGUUGGCUGGCUAGCAACAGAAUUUCAACUGACUUGUUAACAAACACAUUUCUGAGAGUAAGGAUCCCUGUAGGCUUAGGAGCUUAUCAUGGAAUAUAGAGCACUGCUCUGGCAAAAGAAUAGCUGUCUUCACCUGACUGCAAAUCUUCACAAUCAUGUUGAGAGUGAGAAUGAAAGAGGAAUUGGUUUCUUUCAGCACCUGUCUCUCUGCCUUUACAUCAUCUCCAAUGAGUUAUUUAUUCUGCAGCUUACAGAAUGAUACAAUAAUCGUAACAAAUCACUUUCAUUAAGUUAAAGGUAGCAGGAAAUAUUUCCUGAGCGGUAAUUCAGUUUACUGCCAGGCUUAGAACUGGUUCACACAUUCACAUGCACAUCCCUUGAUGAUCUGAUUACUUGACACGUGGCCAAAUAUGUGGAUUACUUCUACUGAAAAGUGCUUAACAUGGUGAUGAAGAAGUGCAAUCCAUGGUGGAUACUCUGUGAUGGCUCAUUAAAUAAAUUAGAAGCAGGAAACCGAUCAGAAAGAUGCUUGGACAGUCUGAUGCCAAUCACAGAGUGAAAGAACUUUAGAAGUUCUUUCUGUGUGUCUCCACUGCUCUUUAUGUACAAUAGAUAGAAUUGGUUAUGGCACAUACAUCAAAGAGUACUUGAAUUCAAGUCAAGAUUAAGUUUUAGGACAUCACUAUGUCAUAUGAGGUGAUCCUGCCCUAAAAUUAUAUUUUGAUUGGGGUCUGUCAGCUGUAUUAAUGUGAUUUUCAAGGUUCAAAGGCAUCAACAUCUGGUAAAAUUGUGUUCUAACACUAUGGACCCUGGUGGAGGGACAGCAUAACUAGCUUCUCUGUGCAUUUAUUUCCUCUAACUAAAGUCAGUUAAACUCCUUAAACUCUAGUACUGGAAAGAGCAAUCAUUCUCUCCAAUUGUGCAGUGGUUGACUUCGCUAGCAGCAUACGAGAAAGUGACGUUUUAUAAACGGAAACAGGACAGGAAACUAUUAGACAUACUGUGUUCCUCUCUUUUUUAUGUAUUGUUUUUCUGUGUAAAUAUACAAAAUGUUGAAAAACUCAGUAAA